AUGGGUCGGAAGCUUCCGCGAAACGGGUCGAAAGAGCUUACCGAUUCGCUGCUUCUGACCGCGUGGCUGGCGACUGUAGCGCCCGCUACAUCCGACCGGCCCUCGAUCUUAUCCGAUUCUUCGUUAUUGUCACCCCUCGCUACAGUCAACUACUUCGCGUUCGGAUCAAAUCUCAACCUGGAUCUGCUACAGCGGCGGUCAACGGGAGUCAACGCGCCUGUAGCACACGUUCUGGGUUCGGCUGUAGCAGAGGAGGAUCCGGUUGUAGCAGAGCCGGCGGUGGUGUACCAUCAUCGCCUGGCGUUCAACAUCCGCGUGCUGCCGCCAUUUGAACCGGCUGUAGCGGCGAUUGAGCCUGUCGCAGGGAUAAGGUCGGCUGUAGCGGGAAAUAGGCGGGAUAAAGCCGCGGGGAUCAGACCAGCUCUAGCGGGACGUGAAUCGGCUGUAGCGCAAAGCAGGGAGGCUGUAGCUGAGGCCGGUUCUGCUGUAGCGCGAAACGGGGCGGCUGUAGCGGGGAUGGAGGGAAGCGACGGAAGUCCGAGUGUGCAUGGAUUGGUGGUGCAGAUGCGACGAAUCGACUACGAACGGCUUAUGUGGUCAGAAGGCAUCUCUCGCGACGAGCAGCGACCCUAUAUAGAGCACCUCGUUACAGCACACACCUACUCCGGCAGUACUGUACAGGUUCUGCUUUUCCCUCCUCCCCACCGCCGUUCUUUCUCCUCCAAAUUCCCCUUCUCUAUACUCUUCCUACUGCAGCCUUCAACCCUCCGAGCCAAUCCCAACAGCCCCUCGUUCCUCCCCUCUUGCAAGGAGCUUCCCCCCUCUCUCCGCCGUUUCUCCUCUCUACCCCCCAUCCGCCCCUCUUAUCCCUCUCCCCUCUCUACAACAGGCCCUAACCCUCCGAGCCAAUCCCAACAGCCCCUCGUUCCUCCCCUCUCGCAAGGAGCUGCCCUUCUGAGAAUUCUCAAAAGCGACUCAAAGGAGCAUCCUUUCCCCCCUUCCCCACUCUCUCAAACCCACCCCCCUCUCUCCCCUCGCCCCCGCUAUCCCAGGCCCUAA